CGGCAGCAGGAUUUGGCUUCCAGUCCUUCAGAACUUCCCUCCCGAGGCGAGAGGGAAGGGCUCCCAGCACGGAGGGGUGAAUGCACUCCUGGGACCUCAGCCUGAGGAACACUUUCAGCUCCUUUAGAAAGGCGGCAGCUCUGUGAGACCACAGUGUUCCCAGCUUGAAAUCCUGGGACAAAAGGGGCAGGGAACCUUCCAGAGCCCAGUGCUGCUGUGGGGAAACAGCUCUGCCUCUGCUUGGGAGCUGGACGAGCCCCUGGGGAAUUGUCUUUAAUUGGUGAAUAGAAAAAUAAUUUGGAAAAGGAGUCAGUGCAGGGUUCUGGGAACUCGAUGUUGAUGGGGCAGAGAGGUGGUUUGGUCUCUUGUGAAUGAGGAGCUGCCUUGGGAUUCUCUGUGGCAGGUGGCUCCGGAGCGCGUUGAGGCUCCGCGUGGCGGCUCCGCGGGCCGGCCCUGCGCACGCCCUCGCUCCCGGGUGGAUCGCCACGAGCCGCAAAGCUGCUGUCCACGUGGACUGGUGCUGAAAUCUCCCGCCCGGCCGCCGCCAGAGCCUCGCCAGCCAAGCCCAGAGACAUGGCCACCAACGGCACCAAAGUGGCGGACGGACAGAUCUCCACCGAGGUCGACGCCUCCAUCACCAACGACAAGCCCAAAACCUUGGUAGUAAAAGUGCAGAAGAAGAAGACGGACCUUCCAGACCGAGACACUUGGAAAGGGAAAUUUGACUUUCUUAUGUCCUGUGUAGGUUAUGCCAUUGGCUUAGGGAAUGUGUGGAGAUUUCCGUACCUGUGUGGCAAGAACGGUGGAGGUGCAUUCCUGAUUCCCUAUUUCCUUACUUUAAUUUUUGCUGGAGUGCCACUGUUCCUUUUGGAGUGUUCCCUUGGUCAGUAUACAUCUAUAGGAGGCCUUGGAGUGUGGAAGCUUGCUCCGAUGUUCAAAGGUGUGGGACUGGCUGCUGCAGUCCUGUCCUUUUGGCUAAAUAUUUACUACAUUGUGAUUAUUUCGUGGGCCAUAUACUACCUAUAUAAUUCCUUUACAACUACCCUUCCUUGGAAACACUGUGAGAACCCCUGGAACACCGACCGCUGCUUCUCCAACUACACCUUAGCAAACACCACCAACAUGACAAGUGCCGUGGUGGAGUUCUGGGAACGCAACAUGCACCAAAUGACCGACGGCUUGGAAAAGCCCGGGCAAAUCCGAUGGCCACUGGCAAUCACCCUGGCAAUUGCCUGGAUUCUGGUGUAUUUUUGUAUCUGGAAGGGGGUAGGCUGGACUGGAAAGGUGGUAUAUUUCUCUGCUACUUAUCCCUAUGUUAUGCUGCUUAUCUUGUUCUUCCGUGGUGUAACACUGCCUGGAGCAAAGGAAGGCAUUUUAUUCUAUAUAACUCCCAACUUCAGUAAGCUUUCAGACUCUGAGGUUUGGCUGGAUGCUGCCACACAGAUUUUCUUCUCCUACGGGUUGGGUCUUGGUUCACUGAUUGCCCUUGGAAGUUACAACCCUUUCCACAAUAAUGUUUACAGGGACUCCAUCAUAGUGUGCUGCAUAAACUCAUGCACGAGCAUGUUUGCUGGCUUUGUCAUCUUCUCCAUUGUGGGAUUCAUGGCCAAUGUCACAAAGAGGCCAAUUGCAGAUGUUGCAGCAUCAGGCCCUGGACUGGCAUUUCUGGCUUACCCAGAGGCAGUGACACAGCUGCCCAUCUCCCCUUUGUGGGCAAUACUCUUCUUCUCCAUGCUGCUCAUGCUUGGCAUUGACAGUCAGUUCUGCACCGUGGAAGGGUUCAUCACUGCCCUGGUGGACGAGUUCCCCAAGCUGCUGCGCAACCGCCGCGAGCUCUUCAUCGCCGUGGUGUGCAUCGUGUCCUACGUGAUAGGGCUGUCCAACAUCACUCAGGGUGGAAUCUAUGUGUUUAAGCUUUUUGACUACUACUCUGCCAGUGGAAUGAGUCUCUUGUUCCUUGUAUUCUUUGAGUGCAUCUCGAUAUCCUGGUGCUAUGGUGUUAAUAGAUUUUAUGACAACAUCCAAGAGAUGGUGGGAUACAGACCCUGCAUCUGGUGGAAACUCUGCUGGUCCUUUUUCACUCCUAUCAUUGUGGCAGGAGUGUUCAUCUUCAGUGCUGUGCAGAUGACCCCGCUGACCAUGGGGAGCUACGUGUUCCCAAAAUGGGGCCAGGGGGUGGGCUGGUUCAUGGCCCUGUCCUCUAUGGUGCUGAUACCCGGCUACAUGGCAUACAUGUUCCUAACCCUGAAAGGCUCCCUAAAACAGCGCAUCCAAGUGAUGAUUCAGCCAAGUGAAGACAUCACCCACCCUGAGAAUGGGCCAGACCAGGCCCAACAGAGCAACUCUGCCAACAAAGAAGCCUACAUCUAAACUCCUCUCUCGUCCAAGUACCGCUCCUCCUCCAGAAAAACAAAAAAUAUGGUUGAAUAUGACCACAAAUUCACAUCUGAGAAUAUAAUUACCUACCUCUAGUGGCAAAAAAAAAAAAAAUACAUAUUAAAAAAAAAAGAGGAAAAAAAAAAAAAGCAACAAGGUCAUCUCCACUCCGAGGGAAUCGCCAUGGGUUCGAUCCAGCUGUCGCGAGCUCAGAUGUUUGACAGUGUUUUUGUGUUCUCCAGCAAUCCACAGACUGUUAAUGUUUUUAUCCUUUCACAAUGAUAGUUGCAUACCUUGGAAUUUGUAAAUUGAUGUGCCAAGACCUUUUUAAUCUACCUUUUAGCACGACUAUUUGAAGUUUUGUGCUGCUGAUUUUUAGUAGUUGAUCACUAUUUCUUACCGCUGAAUCCCAAGACUGUUAUUUCUGACUUUGCAGGAGUAAAAUUUAGUUUGGAGUUGUUUUGUACAAAGAGAACGGAGUAUUUUGUAAACAAGUAAUUUCCAGUGCAAAAGUCUGCCCUUAAAAUUUGUUCCAGCUGAGGCCAUUUGAGGGGGGAAGAGACUCUUCCUUCAAUUAACAGCAAGCACAGCCUUUAUAAACACUCCCAGUGCAAAAAUUGAGUUGUUUGUGGCAGAGCAGCCCAGGCCAACAACAAAGGCUGGCUGUGCUCAGCCUUUCAGGGUGACUUUCAAACAAGGUCAUAAAUUUCUUUAAAAUUACAUAUCUUGCUUCUUAUAAAAAGAAGAUAUCUUUGUGAAUCAAUGUUAGAGGCAUAAAUACGACUUUUAACUUUUUUAGCAAAGUAAUAGCCAAGAGCUCUUACAGAUUCCCAGGAGUAAAAUACAAAGUAUUUGCCAUUCAAGCUCAGACUCCCUGAGCUUUUAUCAUGCUGUUAUCACUCUACUAUUACUGCAUUGCCACCAAAAUAGAAACCAAAACAACGGCUUAAAGAUCGAAGUGAGUUCCAAUGUAGGGCUCGACUGAACCUGCUAGAGAACUUCCCCGGUUCCCAACCCCAAACUCCGCGUGGUCGGCACUUUGAGAGCAGUGGGAUUUCCAUUUCCAGGGGCCGGGUGGUGCUGAGGGCACGAGGGAGAGCUCUUUGAUCCCGAUGCAAUCCCGCUCUGGGCUCCGUCCUGCGUUUGCCACGCGGCCAGAGAGCCCGGCCAGCCCCUGGAAGUUUUCCCUGUGUGGGGAAUGCAGCGGGAGCCCCGCUUGGCAUUUCUCGUUUGGCAGCUAUAAGACAGGCACGGAGGCUUUUUUUUUUUUUUUUUUUGGGAGGGUGAUGUUUGAUUGUAAAUGACUGUGACAGAACUGUGCAAUGAAAACAUGCUUUUCAGCAAACUUUUUUGUGCACCGUACAAUGUUAGAUAGCACAAUUUAUGUAGAACUACUACGUGGAAAAAAAAAAACAUGUUACCUGUGAAUGUUGGGUUUUUCGUUGUUCUCGUCUGAAGGUGACAAACAUGUUCUUGCAAUAAGGUAUUAUUCUCAGAAUGUCAAGCACAUUAUGUAGAAAUAAUAUAUAUAUAUAAUACACAUGUAUUUCAAACUACAUCCUAAACUCUCAGAGUACGUUGGGUAGGUUUUAAACUGUUUCAUACCUAGGUCAAAUGUAAAAUACUACAAGAUCUAAGCUCCAUCCUAAACGGCCAUAGCUGAGAUGCAAACGUCCUGUAAGUCUUUGGGAUUUAGAGGAACCCCUACAUCCUACACAGACAUCACACGUGAUACAUCAUACUUGUGAAUUUCAUUAGACUAAGGAUAAAAACUCCGACUUUCUCUUUAUUGUUUAAUGUAACCGAGUCCCAUGUUGUUCUAAGAAAAAUGCAGUAUUUAAUGUUUGAUUGUAAACAAUUAUGACAGAUGUUUGACAGACCUGCUCUUUAGCAAAAAGCUGUACAAACGUUAUCACAUAGCACAAACUAGUGUUGUAGAACUACUGUGUGUAAACUGUGAAUAGCUGUAUCUUUUUUGUAGUACUUGCCCUGAAAAAGAAAGAUUAUUGUAUGAUCAUAUAUGCUUUUUGCAAUAAGGAAAUAUCCAACACCAAGCAAAUCUAUCUCUAUAUAAAAAUAUAUAUGUAAUAUAUACAUAUUCAAAAAUAUAUACAGAGCCUGUUUAAAAGAGUACAGUAUUAUUUAGUAAAUUGCAACCUGUUCUAUGGACCAAAUGUAAAAUAUUUAUAAAUUAAGAUGCAUUUUAAAUGUCUAUAAACGGUGUCAUAAUUAAAGCACGAUUGUUAUGUAAGUUUCCAAGAGUUUAGAGGAAAAAGAAUAAAGGUUAUAUUAUACAUUAAA